UGAAGAUGAAUUGGAGAAACUGAAAAGAGGUGUGAAUAAUGUGUCAGAAGCUGGAAGUUGCCAAUGGGGAAUUGAAGAUUUUGAAGACAUUCCAGAUGAAGAACCACUUGUAAGUCUUGGGCCAUGGUGUUUCUUUUUAAAAAUAAUUUAAAUAUAUUUUAUAGGAAUUCAUUGCAAGUGUUUGCAACAAGAAGUAUCAUUCUAUAUAUAUUUGUAGGAUAUGUCGUGUUUUCUUGCAGUUGACAAUGCAUCAAAUAUAGUCGCCAAAGGAACUAUACUAAUGGAUACAAAUGAAGAAGGGCUCCUUCAAGUUGUGUUGGAAAUAUGUUUACAUAGAGAAGCGUUGCUACCAUUUCCACUCAAAGAGGAGUUCAUUAUAGAGGUCGGAGAUGCAGUUGGGCACGUACUCAGUUGGCCAAGACAUCUAGUCAUUCGAUGCUCUGACUUGGAAAAAUGGGUGGCGAAACCAAAGACAAAACCUGUGAAAGAUUUAGAAUAAACAAAUAAAACAACCAAAAGGAACUGAUGAGGAGAACGAAAGAGAGUUUGAACAAAAGAUUGUACAAGUGGAAAAGGUCACAGGAAAAGAAGUAGUAAGUGAGAAAGAAAAAAAAAGGGAAAAGAGAACUUGAACUGCAAAAGGAAAAAGAGGAUGUAGAAGUGAAUGAAGGAAAAAGGAGGAUGACGAGAGCACAAAGGAGGCCAAGGAUAAGAGUUGAAAACAAUGCUGUUUUGACCAUGACUGCAAGUGUGGUUGAUGCACAAGUUUUUAAGGCUGAUUCUAUAAGAUUGCAAUGUGUGGACGAUCUAUUUGGGUACGAGAGUUUCACAUAUUUAAACCGGAAGGAUUUUGAAGCAGUUUUUACAUUGGAUGAGCUUACCGGUUCUGUCAUUACGACUUAUAUGAUGUUAUUGUAUGAGCAAAUAAAGAAUGGGCCAAAACAUGAUCACGGUAUUUGUUUUGUGAGCCCGAGUGCAAUCUCACCAAGUGAACGUAAAUCAAUACCCAAACAUAUUGAUGAUGCAAGUAGAAUGGUUGCAGAUCGGUUAUCUACAAGAAAGGACAAUGAUAUCAUCCUAGUGCCCUACAAUCCUGGAAGACAUUGGGUGUUGGCAAUUUUAGACAUGAAGACAAAUACUUGCUAUUAUCUUGAUUCUUUAAGAAAUAGCAUAAUAAAUCCAGUGUUGAGGCAAAUUAUCGAUGCGGCAAUGGCCUUGUAUGCUGUACAAGGUGGAACCAAGACUAGGGUUAAAGUCAAUUGGGUUAACGCUAAGUGUCCAUAUCAGACGGGAUGUACUGAAUGUGGCUACUACGUAUUGAAGUACAUGAAAGAGGUCGUCGAAGAAGGAAUUGAAAUACUUGCCAAUGACAAUGUUGGGAGAGGCAAAACGGUAUACACGGAUGAGGAUAUUGAUGGGAUACGUGAAGGGUGUUUGAGUUAUGGGGCAGCGUUUGUUUUUAAGUGACUAUUUUAGAUGUCGAAGUAUGAACGCCAAACAAUAUUUUUUGUUAACUUAAUAUAUGUGUAUUA